ACCGUUUGGAUCAAAAAGGUUCCGGUUAUCUGACUCUUUACCAGAACCUGGAUCAGUUCGGACCCGCUGUGAUGGGGCGGGAGGAGGAGACGCGGGAGGGAGGAGGGGGGCAGUGCGGAUUCUUUCCCGUCAUUCCCUGCAGCAGCAGCGGCAGCAGGAGCCCCCUCCCUCCUCCGGUCCGGUCGGUGCUCUCCGGUUAGCGGACUCUGCCUCCCGUCAGCCUCGGUUCGGUGUGAGCUUCGGAACCGGUGCGGGUCAGCGUGACCCCACUCAUGCAGACGUGUCUCCUAACGAUCUGAUUGGUCAUGAUGACGACGGUGGCCACCGAGUUGGAGCACCUGGAGCUGCAGCAGCAGUACAGCAGCAGCGACACCGUCAACCACCGCUGGGAUGAUGACUGGGACAAUGAGAACAGCUCGGCCCGGCUGUUUGAGCGCUCUCGCAUCAAGGCGCUCGCAGAUGAACGAGAGGCAGUCCAGAAGAAGACCUUCACCAAGUGGGUCAACUCUCACCUGUCCAGAGUCUCCUGCAGGAUCACAGACCUCUAUAUGGACCUGAGAGACGGGAGGAUGCUGAUCAAGCUGCUGGAGGUCCUCUCUGGAGAGAAACUGCCGAAGCCCACCAAAGGCAGGAUGCGGAUCCACUGCCUGGAGAACGUGGACAAAGCCCUGCAGUUCCUGAAGGAGCAGCGGGUCCACCUGGAGAACAUGGGAUCCCAUGACAUUGUUGAUGGGAACCACCGACUGACCCUGGGUCUCAUCUGGACCAUCAUCCUGCGUUUCCAGAUCCAGGACAUCAGCGUGGAGACCGAAGACAACAAAGAGAAGCGGUCAGCUAAAGACGCCCUGCUGCUCUGGUGUCAGAUGAAGACGGCUGGGUACUCUAACGUGAACAUCCAUAACUUCACCACCAGCUGGAGGGACGGGAUGGCUUUCAACGCUCUGAUCCACAAACACAGGCCUGAUCUGAUUGACUUUGAUAAACUGAAGAAGUCCAAUGCUCACUACAACUUGCAGAAUGCCUUUAAUCUGGCAGAGAAUCAUUUGGGUUUGACCAAGCUGCUUGACCCAGAAGAUAUCAGUGUGGACCACCCUGAUGAGAAGUCAGUCAUCACCUACGUUGUGACCUACUACCACUACUUCUCCAAAAUGAAAGCUUUGAAGGUGGAGGGGAAACGCAUCGGAAAGGUUCUAGACAACGCCAUUGAGACAGAGAAGAUGAUAGAGAAGUACGAGUCUCUGGCCUCUGACCUUCUGGAGUGGAUUGAACAGACCAUCAUCAUCCUGAACAACAGGAAGUUCUCCAACUCUCUGGUUGGAGUCCAGCAACAGCUGCAGGCUUUCAACACCUACCGGACUGUGGAGAAACCACCAAAGUUUACUGAGAAGGGGAACCUGGAGGUUCUCCUCUUCACCAUCCAGAGCAAGAUGAGAGCCAACAACCAGAAGGUCUACAUGCCUCGAGAAGGAAAACUUAUUUCAGACAUCAACAAGGCUUGGGAGCGACUUGAGAAGGCGGAGCAUGAGCGGGAGCUGGCUCUGCGUAUGGAGCUGAUUCGCCAGGAGAAGCUGGAACAGCUGGCCAGGCGCUUUGACCGCAAGGCGGCCAUGCGGGAGACCUGGCUUAGUGAGAACCAAAGACUGGUGUCGCAGGACAACUUUGGAUUCGACCUUCAGGCUGUAGAGGCGGCCACCAAGAAGCACGAGGCCAUUGAGACGGACAUCACAGCGUACGAGGAGCGAGUCCAGGCCGUGGUGGCUGUGUCAAAGGAGCUGGAGGCGGAGCGCUACCACGACAUCAAACGCAUCGCUGCCAGGAAGGACAACGUCAUCCGCCUGUGGGAGUAUCUUCUGGAGUUGCUGAAGGCACGAAGACAAAGGCUGGAGAUGAACCUGGGUCUGCAAAGAGUCUUCCAAGAGAUGCUGUACAUCAUGGAUUGGAUGGAUGAGAUGAAGAUGUUGCUGCUGUCCCAGGAUUAUGGGAAACAUCUGCUGGGUGUGGAGGACCUGCUGCAGAAACACGCCCUGGUGGAGGCUGACAUUUCCAUCCAAGCCGACCGAGUGAAGGCCGUCAUCGCCAACGCCAGCAAGAACUCGGUCACUGCCAGUGGCUACAAACCAUGUGAUCCUCAAGUCAUCCAGGACCGAGUGGCCCACCUGGAGUUCUGCUACCAGGAGCUGACCCAGCUGGCUGCUGAGCGGCGGGCCCGUUUGGAGGAGUCUCGCCGACUCUGGAAGUUCUUUUGGGAGAUGGCUGAGGAAGAGGGUUGGAUCCGUGAGAAGGAGCAGAUCCUGUCUUCUCUGGAGCAUGGGAAGGACCUGACGGGGGCGCUGCGUCUCCUCAGCGAGCAGCGCGCCCUAGAGGAUGAGAUGAGCGGGCGCGCUGGACACCUGCACCACACCAUCUCUGAGAGCCAGGCCAUGGUCCAGGCUGGUCACUUUGGUGCUACAAAGAUCCAGGAGCGUAUAGCUGACCUGCAGGCUCAGUGGGCGGCGCUGGAGCAGCUCGCUGCCAUCAGGAAGAGGAGGCUGGAAGAAGCUCUGGCCCUGUAUCAGUUCCAGGCCGACGCAGAUGAUGUGGACGCAUGGACACUGGACGCACUUCGGAUCGUCUCCAGCGGAGAAACGGGCCAUGAUGAGUUCUCCACUCAGGCCCUGGUCAGAAAACACCGAGAGGCUGCUGCAGAGGUCGCCAGCUAUCGGUCAGUGAUCGACUCGCUCCACGAGCAGGUGGGGUCACUGCCUGGGGAGGAGGCGGAGUCUGAGGACGUGCGUGGCCGGCUAGCUGGCAUCGAGGAGCGCUAUAAGGAGGUGUCGGAGCUGACAAAGCUGAGGAAGCAGGCCCUGCAGGAUGCACUAGCUCGCUACAAAAUGUUUAGCGAGGCCAAUGCCUGCGAGGUUUGGAUCGACGAAAAGGAGCAGUGGCUGAACAGCAUGGAGAUCCCCGAAAAACUGGAGGACCUGGAGGUCAUUCAGCACAGGUUUGAAAGUCUGGAACCAGAGAUGAACAGCCAGGCUUCUCGUGUUGCCGUGGUGAACCAGAUCGCUCGACAGCUGAUUCACAACAGCCACCCUGGUGAGAAGGACAUCAAGAGCCAGCAGGACAGGCUCAACAACAGGUGGAGUCAUUUCCGGGAGCUGGUGGACCAGAAGAAGGAGUCUCUGAAUUCAGCUCUGGGUGUGCAGAACUACCAUCUGGACUGCAACGAGACCAAAUCCUGGAUCAAAGAAAAGACCAAAGUCAUAGAGUCCACCCAGGACCUGGGCAACGACCUGACCGGGGUGAUGGCCCUGCAGCGCAAACUGACCGGCAUGGAGAGAGACCUGGUUGCCAUUGAGGACAAGCUGGGUGGCCUGAGAGGGGAGGCCCAGCAGCUGGGCCAGGAGCACCCGGACCAGGCCAUGGCAAUCACAGGUCGGCUUGCUGAGAUCACUGCCGUCUGGGAGGAGAUGAAGAACACUCUGAAAACUCGAGAGGAGUCUCUGGGCGAAGCCAGGAAGCUCCAGCAGUUCCUGCGUGAGCUGGACGACUUCCAGUCCUGGUUGUCUCGGACUCAGACAGCCAUCGCCUCUGAAGAUAUGCCCAACACGCUCGCCGAGGCUGAGAAGCUGAUGGCCCAGCAUGAAGGCAUCAAGAACGAGAUCCAGAACUAUGAGGAGGAUUAUCAGAAGAUGCGAGACAUGGGGGAGAUGGUGACGCAGGGCCAGACAGACGCUCAGUACAUGUUCCUGCACCAGCGUCUGCAGGCGCUUCACGUUGGAUGGAAUGAGCUGCACAAGAUGUGGGAGAACCGGCAGAACUUGCUCUCCCAGUCCCACGCUUACCAGCUGUUCCUGAGGGACACCAAGCAGGCCGAGGCCUUCCUCAACAACCAGGAGUACGUCCUGGCUCACACCGAGAUGCCCUCCACCCUGGAGGCUGCUGAGGCUGCCAUCAAGAAGCAGGAGGAUUUCAUGACCACCAUGGAUGCCAACGAGGAGAAGAUCAACGGUGUGAUGGAGGCGGGUCGGAGGCUGGCCAGUGAUGGAAACAUCAGCGCAGACCGGAUCCAGGAGAAGGUCUCCUCCAUCGAUGACCGGCACAAGAAGAACAGGGAGGCUGCUGUGGAGCUGCUGAUGAGACUGAAGGACAAUCGAGACCUGCAAAAGUUCCUGCAGGACUGUCAGGAGUUGUCCCUGUGGAUCAGUGAGAAGAUGUUGACGGCCCAGGACCUGACCUACGAUGAGGCCAGGAACCUACACAGCAAGUGGCUGAAGCACCAGGCCUUCAUGGCCGAGCUGCAGUCCAACAAGGAGUGGCUGGACAAGAUCCAGAAGGAUGGGAUGCUCCUGGUGUCGGAGAAGCCGGAGACCGAGGUGGAGGUGAAGGAGAAACUGGCGUCGCUGCGCUCCUUGUGGGAGAAUCUGGAGUCCACAACAGAGACCAAAGCUCAGUGUCUGUUUGACGCCAACAAGGCGGAGCUGUUCACUCAGAGCUGCACCGACCUGGACAAGUGGCUGGCGGGUCUGGAGGGCCAGAUCCAGUCCGAUGACUACGGGAAAGACCUGACCUCCGUCAACAUCCUGCUGAAGAAGCAGCAGAUGCUGGAGAACCAGGUGGAGGUGCGUCAGAGGGAGGUGGUGGAGCUGCAGAGCCAGGUAAAGGCUCUGGGUCAGGAGGUGAAGGACACUGACGAGGUGGACGGACGGAGGCAGCUGGUAGAAAAUAAGUUCCAGGAUCUGCUUGAGCCGCUGCGGCGCCGCAGAAACUUCCUGGUGGCGUCGAGGGAAGUUCAUCAGUUCAACCGCGAUGUGGAGGACGAGAUCCUCUGGGCCCAGGAGAGGAUCCCUGUGGCCAGAUCCACCGACCACGGUCAUAACCUGCAGACGGUUCAGCUGCUCAUCAAGAAGAACCAGACGCUGCAGAAGGAGAUCCAGGGUCAUCAGCCUCGCAUCGAUGACAUCCUGGAACGCAGCCAGAACCUCCAGCAGGACGAGUCCUCCAACUUGGAUCUGAUCCGCCAGCGUCUGGCUGAUCUGCGGCAGCUGUGGGAGGAGCUGAUGGAGGAGGUGGAACAGCGGCACCGGCGGCUCCAGAAGGCCCACAAAGCCCAGCAGUACUACUUUGAUGCUGCUGAGGCUGAAGCCUGGAUGAGCGAACAGGAGCUCUACAUGAUGUCGGAGGAGAAGGCCAAGGACGAGCUGAGUGCCGUCACGAUGCUGAAGAAGCACCAGAUCAUGGAGCAGGCGGUGGAGGACUACGCCGAGACCGUCCACCUGUUGUCCAAAACCAGCCGUGGCCUGGUGGCCGACCGACACCCGGACAGCGAGCGCGUCAGCAUGAGGCAGUCUCAAGUGGACAAGCUGUACGCCGGCCUGAAGGACCUGUCUGAAGAGAGGCGGGGCAAACUGGAUGAGAGGCUCCGCCUCUUCCAACUGAACCGGGAGGUUGAUGACCUGGAGCAGUGGAUCGCUGAACGAGAGGUGGUGGCUGGGUCACACGAGUUAGGACAGGACUACGAGCACGUCACGAUGCUGCAGGAACGUUUCCGGGAGUUUGCACGCGACACCGGGAACAUCGGACAGGAGCGCGUGGACGCCGUGAACCGGCUGGCAGAUGAGUUGAUUAACGCGGGGCACGGAGACGCCGCCACGGUGGCGGAGUGGAAGGACGGACUGAACGACGCCUGGGCGGACCUUUUGGAGCUCAUCGACACGCGCACGCAGAUCCUCGCCGCCUCCUUUGAGCUACACAAGUUCUACCAUGACGCCAAGGAGAUCCUGGCACGCAUCGCCGAUAAGCAGAAGAAACUUCCAGAAGAAGUGGGCCGGGACCAGAACACGGUGGAGACGCUGCAGAGGAUGCACACGACCUUUGAACAUGACAUCCAGGCGCUGGGAACACAGGUGAGACAGCUGCAGGAGGACGCCAUGCGUCUGCAGGCUGCGUACGCCGGGGACAAGGCAGAUGACAUCCAGUGCCGGGAAAGCGAAGUGCUGGAGGCAUGGAAGAGCCUGCUUGGGGCCUGUGACGGACGUAGGCUCCGCCUCCUAGACACUGCAGACAAGUUCCGCUUCUUCAGCAUGGUCCGGGACCUGAUGCUGUGGAUGGAGGACGUGAUCCGGCUCAUUGAAGCCCAGGAAAACCCCAGAGAUGUCUCAUCCGUAGAGCUUCUGAUGAACAACCAUCAGGGCAUCAAGGCAGAGAUCGACGCUCGCAACGACAGCUUCACCACCUGCAUCGAGCUGGGGAAGGCUCUGCUGGCCCGGAAACAUUAUGCUUCAGAGGAGAUCAAAGAGAGGCUGCUGCAGCUGACCGACAAGAGGAAGGAGAUGAUCGAUAAGUGGGAGGAUCGAUGGGAGUGGCUCCGCCUCAUCCUGGAGGUGCACCAGUUUUCCCGGGAUGCGGGCGUGGCCGAGGCCUGGCUGCUGGGCCAGGAGCCAUACCUGUCCAGCAGGGAGGUGGGGCAGAGUGUGGACGAGGUGGAGAAGCUCAUCAAACGCCACGAAGCCUUCGAGAAGUCCGCGGCCACCUGGGAGGAGCGCUUCUCCGCCUUGGAGAGGCUGACCACGCUGGAGCUGCUGGAAGUGAGGAGGCAGCAGGAGGAGGAGGAGAGGAGGAGAAAGCCACCUUCUCCAGAACCCGCUGUGGUCCAGCAGGAUGACAUUCAGCAGCAGAGCGCUGUGACUCAGAACGGACUCGGGUCGGAUCAGAACUCUCCUCAGGUGGAAGGUGGAGACCUGGUGAACGGACUUGCUGAACGCAGCUCCAAAGAGCCAAGCCCCGCCCCCUCGCCAACCACCGGUAGGAAGACCAAAAGUAGCCAGUCGUCCACGCUGCCCAACAAGACCCAGGACACGCCCUCCCAGCUCGAAGGCUUCCUGCACCGCAAACGCGAGUGGGAGGGGCACAAUAAGAAGGCCUCCAACAGGUCGUGGCACCACGUGUACUGCGUGAUCAAAAACCAAGAUCUAGUUUUCUACAAAGACAGCAAGGCGGCGGGUCAGAACGUGGCGUACCACGGCGAGCCGCCCGUCAGCCUGAAGGACGCCAGCUGCGACGUCGCCUCAGAGUACAAGAAGAAGAAACACGUCUUCAAACUCAGAGUCACAGAUGGAAACGAGUACCUGUUCCAAGCCAAAGAUGAGGAGGAGAUGAGCACCUGGAUCCAGGCCAUUCUGAAUGCCGGCACUGCCGACCGCUCCGAGAUCCAGAGCAGCAACCCCGGCACGCCAAGUUCUGGCCGCGCUCAGACGCUGCCGGCGACCGUCGUGCUCGGUACCGAGUCCAGUCCCGGCAAGAGGGAGAAGGACAAGGAGAAGGACAAGGAGAAGCGCUUCAGUCUGUUCAGCAAAAAGAAACAGUAGAAGAAGAACUGUGAGGAGAGGCUUCGGUGAAACGGACCCGACGCUCAGACGCAGAACCGUUCGGGUUAUGGUCUGCUUCAGAGCACCUGCUUUCAGUCCGGCUCCACGAAGGUCCAAACUGCACAUCCACCUUCAAAAUCUCCAGAAACCUUUGAGGAGCCGGACCUCAUCAGCUGUUCACCCCCACUUCAGAAACAACAGGGUUCUGGUUCUGAUCCAUUUUUAUUGGACUUCCCAAACCUGACUUAAGUUGAGAGGCGUGGUUUCCUGCUGAUGACGUCACUCGUGAUGUCACAGCCAGUGUAGGAGCUAAACUGCUGAUGAGAAGUUUCACCAAAGUGUUUCUUUGACCUGGUUAGUGGUUCUGAAGGGUUCUGUUUUGUUGCGUGUUUCUUUGUGUUGUCGGCGUGGUGCCGCUUGGCUCAUCGUGCUCUGUGAUUGGUCACUCCAGCGCCACCCACUCUCAGGAGGAACACGCCCAACGAACAGCUGUUCGGACUUUAGUUUUUCCUCAGUUCUGUGAGGGUUCUGAUGGACGAGAAACUGGACCAACGGUUUUUAUUUGGAUCAUUCCUGUUUGGUGUAAAAACGAGCACUUGCAUGCUUCGUGUAGUACUCACUUGGUUCUGUUGGGUCGGGACCUGCUCUGCGGAGCUCCGAUCUCGCUGCUCUGCAUCACCGUUAUCGUAUCCUAGCAACAUGUAUGACGUUCCUGCACAAUCAGAGCUGAUCGUAUUUAACCCGACUCGGAUCAGAACACGCUUCUCAUGUAUCUAACUGCACCUGUAGAAUCUAAUGCUGGUUCUGUCACGUGAUCCAAGUCAUUAAAGCUUUUAAUCUGAAA